AUGCCGAAGCCGACGCUGCUGCUGCGCGGGGGCUGGGAGCGCGAGCGCAGUCCCGGGGACUCGGAGCUGGGCCGCCAGUUCCGGGACUGGUGCCUGCGCACCUACGGCGACUCGGCCAAAACCAAGACGGUGACACGCAGCAAAUACCAGCGGAUCACCGAGGUCCUGCAGGGCGGCGGUGGGACGGGCGCGGGCAGCGGCCCGGCGGCCGGCGAGAAAGGCAAGUUCCAGUUCUGGGUGCGCUCCAAGGGCUUCCGCCUGGGCAGCAGCCGGGAACCCAAGAUGGGCCAAGUGGUGUAUGUGCCGGUCAAGACGGGCUCGGGGGCAGAUGGCCUGUCGGAGCCGGAGGGCAUCUCUCUGAAGCGGGUCGCUGUGGUGGAAGAUUUCUUUGACAUCAUCUACUCGAUGCAUGUGGAGAGCUCAGCGGAGCCAGGCAAAGCCCCCAAGCACGCUGGGCAGAAGAAAACCUACCGAGCGAUUGCGGAGACCUACGCCUUCCUUCCGCGAGAGGCUGUGACCCGGUUCCUGAUGAGCUGCACAGAGUGUCAGAAGAGGAUGCACUUUAAUUCCAACGGCCUGGAGCCCAAAGAAAAUGAGCCUCCUUCUCCUCUGGUCUCCGGGAUUAUUGAUUACAACAUGCCCCUCACCUCCACGUAUCUGAAGCAGAUGAAGUUGCGCGUGAUGAACUCCCAGGAGCAGGAUGAAACCUCUGUGAGCAGUGAAGAUUUUGAUAUGAACGACUCCACAUGGAUGUCAGCUGACCCACACCUGGCCUCCAGCCUGAGUCCCAGCCAGGACGAGAGGAUGCGGAGCCCGCAGAACCUCCACAGCCAAGAGGAUGAUGACUCCUCCUCUGAGAGUGGCAGCGGCAAUGGUUCCUCCACCCUGAACCCAUCCACGUCCAGCAGCACGCAGGGUGACCCCGCCUUCCCCGAGAUGAAUGGCAACGGCGCUGUGGCCCCCAUGGACUUCACGGCCACGGCUGAGGAUCAGCCCAUCAACCUGUGUGAUAAGCUCCCGCCAGGCACAGCACUCGGCACGCCCUCCUACCCCUCUGACAGCUGCGGCACAGAUGGACUGCGGAGCCGCGUCAAGUACGGGGUGAAGACCACCCCUGAGUCCCCGCCCUACAGCUCGGGGAGCUACGAUUCCAUCAAAACUGAGGUCAGUGGCUGCCCUGAGGACCUGACUGUGGGUCGGGCUCCCACAGCAGAUGACGACGACGACGACCAUGAUGACCAUGAGGACAACGACAAGAUGAACGACUCGGAGGGCAUGGACCCUGAGCGCCUCAAGGCCUUCAAUAUGUUUGUGCGUCUCUUUGUGGACGAGAACUUGGACCGCAUGGUGCCCAUCUCCAAGCAGCCCAAGGAGAAGAUCCAGGCCAUCAUCGAGUCCUGCAGUCGGCAGUUCCCUGAGUUCCAGGAGCGGGCCCGCAAGCGCAUCCGCACGUACCUCAAGUCCUGCCGGCGCAUGAAGAAGAACGGCAUGGAGAUGACCAGACCCACACCUCCCCACCUGACCUCGGCCAUGGCAGAAAACAUCUUGGCAGCUGCCUGUGAGAGCGAGACGAGAAAAGCAGCCAAAAGGAUGCGCCUGGAGAUCUACCAGCCCUCGCAGGACGAGCCCAUAGCCCUGGACAAGCAGCACUCCCGGGACUCCGCAGCCAUCACCCACUCCACCUACUCACUGCCAGCCUCCUCCUACUCCCAGGACCCCGUGUAUGUCAAUGGCGGCCUCAACUACAGUUACCGUGGUUACGGGGCCUUGGGCAGCAACCUGCAGCCCCCUGCCUCCCUGCAAACAGGAAAUCACAGUAAUGGGCCCACGGACCUCAGCAUGAAAGGCGGGGCCUCCACCACCUCCACCACGCCCACGCCCACGCCCUCCAACAACAGCACCAGCAGGACCAUGCCCACCGCCCAGCUCAGCCCUACAGAGAUCAGCGCCGUGCGGCAGCUCAUCGCUGGCUACCGAGAGUCCGCCGCCUUCCUGCUGCGCUCGGCAGACGAACUGGAAAACCUCAUUUUGCAGCAGAACUGACCCCAGCGGCACCUGGAGUGCACUGCCCUAGGGGAGGGGGCCGGCCCGGCCCGGCCCGGACCCAGCUUCCUGCCUCGCCAGUUGGUACAUUUUGCUUUUUGAAAGAGGUGGGAUCCAAAAGAGCUGUUUCUAGCCACACUCCAAGCACCUGAGACUUUGGGCACAAGGACACUUUUUUUGGAAUCUCACCACACGGGUGCUCCGAACCUGCUUGGAAGAGGCCGAUGGGGCAGCUUUGGAAGGGCUGGGCUCCCCUGACAGGGUGCUGGGGCUGCAGCUCUUAUUUAGUAUCAUCUUCGUGGACCCUGAUGUUAGAAUCCCACUCCCAGAUAAUUACCUUUCAAGUCUUAGGUGAGCAGAAUUGCAUAUUUAUUGAGAAAAACAAAGUGGACCCUUUCUUCCUCUCCCCUUAGUAAUUUAUUUUUCUGAAAAUGGAUUCUUUUGUGUUUGUACAGAUUGCCAGUCUGUGUCUGUCUGAUCAGAAGGAUGUCUCCCUGUGACCUAACAUUCCAUAUCACUACACUGGCGCGGGUGGGGCCGGCAGGGUGGGGCUUCGGGGCCCAGUGCAGGGCGGGCUGUCCCUCGGCGUGCCCAGCACCACAGGGCAGGAGGACCUCCCCCACACCCACUGCAAAGCAAAGACAAACACACGGCUCCCCCCCACCCCCAAUUCCACAGAUGCCCCAGCCACGGCCACCAGUAUUCUACCUCACACUCCAGCCGGGGGCUUUUUCCAGGACACGUCCGGAGCCCGUUCUGAAUGGCUGCCUCCCAGCUCCCCCACACACUGCGUCUGCCUGGGAGGUAAGUCCAGCUGGGCGGCAGGAGCAACUGGAGCCCACAGAGGGAGCCAGCCCGGGCCCUCCCAGGCAGCCGGUCCGCAGGGUCCUUGCCCUCACCCUGCCCCUGGAGUCAGGUGGACCGCUUCUCCGCGCAGACCCAGGGCUCUCAGACACCUGCUAGCAAGGGCCGGUUUCUUCAGGGUGAGCCCCUGGCUGUCAGGC